GCUAAGGACUCCUCCUGCCUCCAACAGCCAGCAAUCUGCGUGUCUCUCCUCAGAUGCUGAGGGAGUAGCUCAGAAAGAAGGGUGGAGGAAGAACACACACACACACACACAAAAAAAACAAUAACAAGAGAAAGACAUUUCAGCACCGGAGCUGUCCGCGGCUCUUGGAGAAGUCUCUAUUGCUGCCAAGGGGGAGAGAGGCUGCUUCCGACUGUAAAUUGUCCUCUGGGACUGUGAGGAAGGAGGGAAUAAUAAACUGCCGUGCCAUUCAUCUCUCUGCGGGGCUUCCGACAGGCGAGUAACGGCGCACAUAGGCUACUUCAUUCGAGCAAAGUCUUGCCAUGCUGGACAGCCGGGCUUGAGACAGAAAGGAUAAAGUCUCCACACAAGUCGAGGUGAAAAAGCCAGCCUUUACUCUUUAAGCCAUGGGAGUGCUCAUGUCAAAGAAGCAGCAGGUGGAGAAGGUUCAGAAAUGCAACGCUGUUGUCUCUGCCUUCCAGGCGGGCAUUAAGGACCGCCCUGCCCCAGCAAAACAGGCAGACGGAGAAGUGGAGGACGGCGAGGGCCCUGCCAAACCUUCAGCCGCUCCUGACAAGAACACCCGGGAGGCAGAGCGAGAGGAAACGGACAAUAGCGCAGGUCCGUCGACCUCCCACCAGGCCUCGGGGCCGGCGAAGGACGAGUGUAAGGCCAACCAGGAGUCUUGGUCCAGGCUACGGGACGGGAAAGGAGUAGAGCCUGAAGAUCUUGACAAGAGCCAUCAGCUCACGCCGCCUGCUUUCGUGCGACCCAAAAGGGAAGCCGAUGAUGACCAGCAAGUAGAGGUGGAGCUGGAAAAGAAAGAGCAGCCACCCAGCGAUGAGAUGUGUGAAGUGUGUGAGGUGUGGACGGCCGACGACCUGUACCCAUGCAGGAUCUGCACUCGGAUGUUCCACGACGGCUGCCUGAGGGAGCUGGGUUACCUGCGUGCCGAGGCCCUGCAGGAGAUGAGAGAUACGGCCCACACCGUUACCGGCUGGAGCUGCUACUAUUGCGAUAAUCUGAAUCUACUACUAACAGAGGAAGAGAUGUACAGCCUUCUGGAGACCUUUAAGCAGUGCAAGAUCAUCCCAGAGUCAUGCCUGGUGUCAGAUGAGCUGCUGCAGUACCGCCACUUUGUAUCCAAGCAGCAGUUUGAUAAGGACCUCACUGAUGAGCAAGAGGAGGAAGUCCUCGCCCAGUUUGCAGCGCUGGAUCCUGAGAAGAAGGGUCACAUUGAAUGGUCGGACUUCCUUUACUUUGAGUCUAUGGCCGUCUUGAGGAAGUUUCGCACGGAGAACUCAAUGGUGCGUCUGCUGACUGCCAAGGAGAGAAACAACGCACGGUCAGUGUUCCUGGGUCUGGACCUGGAUAAAGACGGCGUGAUCACAAAAGCAGAAUGUCGCCAGGCCCAGCAGUCUUGGUUCCACAAGCUCAGCAAAGACUCGCAGUCUUGCAAUGUGAGACUCGUGGGACUCUGCUCUCCUUUGUAUUGUGGUAUAAGUCAUGUUGGCCCCAUAUGCGAGAGCAGCCCAGCCAGCUCUGGCAGUGAAAGGAGCAAGACUGAAGACAGCAGGCCAGUGACCUGGGCAGACUUUUUAAAGGAGAGUGCCAUCUACAUUUUGGCUGCGCGGGCCAAUAGUUCUGCCAUGCACAUCCGUCUGCCUCUAUAGUCCAGGAUCCUCCACUGCAUCCCAGCAGAGAGAGAGAGAGAGAGAGAGAGAGAGAGAGAGAGAGAGAGAGAGAACCCUAUGGUCUACAGAUGAGCGGAGGAAGAAAGACGUGGUGACAUGAUGACAUGUGGAAGGCAACUUAGCGAACUGGAUGAAGCAGUGAGAGACAGCAGAUCAAGCUAUCGACAGAAUCUCUCCUCUGCGUCACCACAAUACCACAACACUUGACAACACGCACACAAACACACACACGCGCACUGAUUGACACACCGACGACGCAAGUGACAGCAGCUGUCACAGGUCCCGACUCCCAAAAACUUGACGGCUUCCAACAAAUGUGAAAGGCAGCACAAAGGAAGACAACUACCCACCCACGACUCAGUCAGUGAUAAUUCUGAAACUUAGUAUAGCGAUCAUCCAAACAAUCAGACAAGCUCCUAGGAUGGUUACACUCUACGAAAUGACAAGACACCACACACUGUAUGGCCCUCCAGCUGCAUAACACACCUCUCCAUGCGGGUACAUUAGUGUGACAUGCUGUUAAUCUUUCAAGUUUUCAUUCCGUUGGGCCUCAUCAUGUCCUAAUAAUAAUUCCAUGCUACUGUAAUGGGAUUGUGUUAUUCGCCAUCAAAAUUGUUAAUCACAGUACACAGAGGCACACGCAAAUUCAAAUUCAUUACUGGUACUGUUUGACGAGUGGGUAGAAUUCUGCAACCAUUAUCAGAACGUAUACCAAACGGGAAUCAAAGCUAUCUGCGUACAUAAUAUUAUAUGAGAAGAAGUGCUAUUCAUGCCAGUAUAAAUUAUUAUCAUGCAUUAAAAUGCUGUAUUUAUUCCUGUAUCCUCUUAUGUAUCCUCUGUUUUCCCCAGUCUCAUCCAAGAGUCUAUGUUCUUCUGAAGUACUAACCGUGAAAAAGGAUGUGAACGUUGAUGAAAGCUAACCCAGUAAAAGACGCACAUAUACUGCCAUAUAGUACAUGUUGUUCCUGUUGUGCUCAGAGCUGCACUUUGACAAUGUGGAAACAUCUGCCCUCCUGUUCUACGGUCAUUAUUUCCACUGUGGGAAUGAGAUGUGGAUGGACUACUGUGUGACAUAAUCACUGUAAUGAAAUACUGGAAGACAAUGGGAGCUCUGGUGCAAACAUUUGUCCUUUGUCAAUAUGCAGAAGCACUGUUUAAAAUAUUGUUGUGGAAAAUGUGGUGGGAAUUCUAUAAUGUUACAGAUUAUACAACAAUUUAAAUUACUGCACAUACUACUGCCCAUAGAAGCACUGGAAACAUACUGUAACAUGUAAAACUUCAUGUAGUGUUUAUGCCAUGUAAUGCCAGGUCCUCUUAGCGAAAAAAGUAUGGUUAUGACAUCAAUCUUGAUUUGUCUGAGGGAUAUGUCAAAGUGCUGAAAUAAAUGCAUGGCAUUUACUCUCCUCAAGAAUCUUGUCUUUUCACCUUUUUUUAAACGUGAAUGCUAACAAAAAAAAUGUA